UUCACCACGGAUACAGUCACUAGGCCCACUGUUUUAUUUUUAGUUCUGUCUGCAACGUGAGUGGUAUUGCUUCAGUGAUUUCUGUGAGCAUCUCCAGAGGACCAGAGACGAGUGUGGUGGAGGCGAGGAAGCUGCUUCUAAUCUGGCUCAGCUGGAUAAGUGUGGACGUUCCUCUGCGUUUCUGAAUGUAACAUGGCGUGAUCAGCGCUACUUCCUAGGGCACCUGGUGGCCCCGGCACUUUGUGGGUGGCUAUUCGUUGUCAAGACACUGCUCAUUAUUAUUCGGAAAAAGAAAAACCAACGUUUUCCAGCAUUUCUCUUGGAGGGAAAACUAAACAGCAAGAAAAAUGUCUGUUUUCCCUAAGAUAUCUUUAAGACCAGAGGUUGAAAACUAUCUUAAAGAAGGCUUUAUGAAUAAGGAGGUUGUAUCUGCUUUGGGUAAACAAGAAGCAGAAAGGAAGUUUGAAACUCUGUUAAAUCGCCUGUCGCACCCUCCAUCAUUCACAACAGUCAGAGUGAAUACACAUUUAGCCUCAGUACAACAUGUGAAAAAUCUGUUAUUUGAUGAACUUCAGAAGCAGUUUAAUGGAUUAAGUGUUCCUAUUCUUCAACAUCCAGAUCUUCAGGAUAUCUUACUUAUUCCGGUUAUUGGACCCAGGCCCCAAAACUCAUCUAGCAGUAAUACAGUGGACCUAGAGUCUAGAGACCUGUUUCUUAUUCCCAGUUCUGCUAAUAACUGUUGUGCCUUAGACCAGCCACUUAACUCCUCUGCUCCUCAUUUUUUCUCAUUAGAAAAUGAGAAUUUGCCAUCUGCUGUAGUAACUCAUGUUCUGAAUCCUCAGCCUGGAGAGAAGAUUCUAGAUUUGUGUGCAGCGCCUGGAGGCAAAACAACACACAUUGCAGUGCUAAUGCAUGAUCAGGGAGAAGUAAUAGCACUGGAUAAAAUACCCAACAAAGUAGAAAAAAUAAAGCAGAAUGCUUUAUUGUUAGGGCUGAAUUCCAUCAGGGCAUUUUGCUUUGAUGGAACAAAGGCGGUUAAACUUGAUACGGUUCAGAACACAGAAGGUGAACCUCCAUUCUUACCAGAAUCUUUUGAUCGAAUUCUUCUGGAUGCACCCUGUAGUGGAAUGGGACAGAGACCAAACAUGGCUUGUACUUGGACUUUGAAGGAAGUGACAUCAUAUCAACCAUUACAGCGGAAACUCUUUACUGUGGCAGUGCAGCUGCUGAAGCCAGGGGGUGUGCUGGUUUAUAGCACAUGCACUGUAACACUGGCAGAAAAUGAAGAACACGUUGCCUGGGCCCUCACAACAUUUCCUUGCAUUCAGCUUCAGCCCCAGGAACCACAGAUUGGAGGAGAAGGAAUGAUGGGAGCUGGCCUAACAUUUGAACAAUUGAAACAGCUGCAGCGAUUUGAUCCAUCUGUUGUACCAUUACAGGACACUCACAUUGAUUCUCUACAAGAUGCCAGAAUAGAAGACAUGAUUUGGCUGGCAAACAAGGACUGUAUAGGUUUUUUUAUUGCAAAAUUUGUAAAAUGCAAAAGCACAAAGGAGAAGGAUGUUCAGAAAUGAAAAUUCCAAACGUGCUGUUUGUGUGUAUGUUUUAAACCAAAGUGUUGUCAUGCCAACUGAGUGAUGGCAUGGUUGCUAAGGAAACGGAAAAGGCUGUCAGCUGUUUCAUCAGGGACUGAGAGACAUUCAGGAAGUAGGAGGUGGUAUGAGAUUAUAUUUUGUGUGUGUAUGUGUGUUUUAAAGAUAUGCACAUUUAUUUGUUCAAAUAACAAAUAGAUAAUAACGAAAUACUCUAGAAAAUAGGGUUUUGAAUUUUCACAAAAACUGGAGAUAUAAAGCUUAUUAAAAUUUACAUAUUUCAUUUGAUAAUCUCUACAA